GAGGGUCUCCCAAAGGUAAUAAACUAGCCGUGACUUUAUUUCUCUUGUCGGGACUUUAUUUGCUUAAAACCAAAAUAGUUAAGAUAGAAAAAGGUACAUUAACAUACAAUGUGGAAAUGCAGAAGAUAGAGCAUAGUGGAAUGCAAGCCUUGAGAAAGAUCUUGUGGACUUGCUUCGUGAGCAUGAUACACCUGAACAUAAGGGUCAAAAUGGAUGGAGCUCAGAAGCAUGGAAUACGAUAGUGAAGAAAUUCCACCAAAAGAAUCCUUAUGCUAGGUACGAGAAGAAGAAAAUCCAAGAAAAGGAAAAAGAGUUGAAAAAAGAAUACAAGAUGAUCAAAGAGAUAAGGAAGCAAAGCGGCGUUUCAUGGGACGACCGGCAGUGCAGGAUUCUAACGGAUCCACCACUUUGGAAAAACAUCAUCAUAUCACACCCUAAAGCUGGAAAGUUCAAGACAAAAGCCUUCCCUCUUUUUGAAGCUUUGGGAGAAUUGCAUGAUGGCCAAACUGCAGAAGGGACAUAUAACUUCACCUCUAUCGAGUCAUCACAUUGCUCAACCCAAUCACAUCUCGAGAAUCUUGGAGGAGCUAGCAAGAAUCAAGGAGAAACAUCAGCUGAUGGUGAGAAUCUUGGAGGAGAAAGGGUGCAGAUUGAUGAAGAUGUUGAGGAGGUUUACAUGCAAGAAAACAUUGUUGUGGAGCCCCAGCAAACUCAACCAAAUUUGGCUACUGCACCCUCAAGAAAUGGAGAAGAGAAAGAACCAAAGAGAAGGAGGGGGGCGAAUGGUGAUGUGGCUGCAAUGAUGGAGAAGUACUUGGAAAUAAGGACGAAGCAGGUGGAGGAUGAGAGGAAUAAGCCAAGGGUCGUGGAUGAGUACUCUAUCAAAAACUGCAUUGAUCUGCUGAAAACAAUGGAGAUCACACUUGAAGAAGAAGUCAAGGCUUUCCGAGUCUUCAAGAUCCCCGAGAACCGAGAGAUUUUCAUGAGUGCCAGACCAGAGACUGCUCUUAUGUGGCUGAGAGCUGAAAUGGAAUAACUCAGGAGUUCUACAUAAGAAUGCUCCAGAAGAAGAGCGAAGGUGCCGCGACUUGGAUCUAUU